UUUCCCAUCUACAUCCUAUUCCUCUAUUUGCCUUCGAACAUCUCGUUCCCCUUGUACUUGCAAACAAGCGCUCUCAAUCACUUGUUCCACGCUCACGUCUCUCAUUACCUUCUCUCAUCUUCUAAUGAUGUUCAACGCAUCGCUCGCUAUCAUCGCACUUGUUCUUUUGGUGCGCAACGCGUAUGCUGCGUCUGCCUCGGACUGGCAGAAACGCACAGUAUAUCAGGUCAUGACGGACCGCUUCGCUCUUCCUCCUUCGGAAGACGCACAGGGCAAGACAUGCGACGCAAGCGCCCAGCUCCCGUGCGGGGGCACUUGGUCUGGUAUCCAAAAUCAUCUCGACUACAUACAAGCAAUGGGUUUUAAUGCUAUCUGGAUCUCUCCGAUUGUAUCCCAACUGCAGGUUCCCCUACCCCCUCCGGCAGAUGGCACUGCAUAUCACGGUUAUUGGCCUGAAAAUAUCUACGCGUUGAACGAUGCUUUUGGCUCAGACUCUGAUCUGCGCUCUCUCAUCAACGCUGUCCAUAGCCGCGGCAUGUACAUCAUGGUCGACGUGGUAGUGAAUCACAUGGCAACGUACAACACCACGAGCCCGUCAGCUGCCCCCACAAGCCCGCUAGCAGGAAUCAGCUUGAAUGGAUACAACCCUUUCAAUCAGGAUAGCGAUUACCACUCAUUUUGUCCCAUUACGGACUACGGAAAUCAGACCAUGGUUGAGCAGUGCUGGCUUGGCAGCGCGGCCGUCCCUCUCGCCGACGUGAAUACCGAAGAUCAAGCCACAGUGGACCUGUACUACUCCUGGAUCAAUACCCUCAUUUCCAACUAUACUUUCGAUGGUCUGCGUAUCGACACCGUCAAGCACAUACGAAAAAGUUUCUGGCCAGGUUUUGCUAAUGCCUCUAGUGUAUUCACCCUAGGAGAGGUGCUGGAUGGGGAUGCUCAGUAUGUCGGAGACUACACGAACUACCUUGACGCUGUGUUCGACUACCCUGGGUGGGGUAUGAUCCUUCAGGCAUUCCAGACUACCGGUGGUAGCAUGAGCAUGCUUGCGCAGAGCAUUCAGAAUACCAGCACGUACUUCAAGAACGGUGGUUUCUCCACUGGCAGUUUCUUGGAAAACCAUGACCAACCACGAUUCCCGAGCUUCACCAACGACACCGGCCUCAUCAAGAACGCCAUCGCUUACACGUUCAUUGGCGAUGGCCUCCCCAUUGUGUAUGAGGGCCAGGAACAGGAGUACUCCGGGGGUGCGGUGCCAAACAAUCGGGAAGCGAUCUGGCUGUCUGCUUACGAACAAGAUAAACCCCUAUUCAAGCACAUCACUAGCCUUAACAUGGCCCGACAGGCUGCGAUGAACGGAUCGUCCUCCUUCCUCUCGACUCAUAUGAAAGUCCUCUCGACCUCUGCGCAUUCUAUUGCUCUUGCCAAGUACCCGAUGCUGGCUUCACUGACCAACAUUGGACAAGGUUCGCAAGGCCAGGUGUCUGUGUCGGUUGGUAGCCUUGGCACCGGAUAUUCUGCGAACAGUCAGCUUGUUGAAGUGCUUAGCUGCACUGAGGUAAAUGUCGACGGCAGUGGUAACUUGGCAUUUACCACGCAGCAAGGUGCUCCAGCUGUAUUCCUGCCCAGUUCUAUGGUGAACUCCAAGGUCUGCACUAAUCUCGUAAAGAACGGUUCAGGUGCACCGGGAAUGUUCUCCGCAAGCGUUUAUGUCAUCUCGAUCGCUGCUGCCAGCGCCAUCGCUCUGAGCAUGUUUGUUGGGUCUUAAAGUUAGACUGUAUUCUCAGACAAUGGACUCUGAAGAGACAUACCUUGACAUAUGAUUCACUUGGACUUCUUACCGUAGUUUAGAUGUGCACUGAUACAAGUGCUUUGAUGAC